AUGAUACCGAUGGGACCAAUCACUUUUAUCUGGGAGACCGACUUUUCGAUUUUCGAGGCUUCAAGUUUAGUCACUUUCUUUUUUGAAUCUGUGUAUCUAAGAGAACUGAAAUUCGUUCCGGGGUUUGCUCUUUGCGAAAGUGCGCCGACGCUACUGGACGGUUCGGUCUAUGAGACGGAAGACCUUCUGAGUACGAUCACGGGAUUUGGAACACCAGUCACUCGAACUUAUACCUUGGCGGUCUCGACUGCUGCGUUUGGUGGAACCCAGAAAGAUUCAAGAUCUCACAUCACAGGAUGGGACUUUGAUAAUGAUGAUUGGAUAUAUAAUGAAGAAAAAUUUGCUCAGUUUGAUCGUGUGUUGGACAUGGCUUCAAAACACGGUGUGAAGCUCAUAAUUCCCAUCAUAAACCAGGACUAUGGAACAAGAGACACAGAUUUCGUAGGAAACUUCAAUGAUUUGAUCCGGCACCGGUAUAACAUCACCUCCUACCGCGUCGCAAAUACAGAAGUAGAUUGGUUCACAGAUGUAGAGAUGAGGUGCGCGUUCAAAAAGAUCAUUCGAAAGCUACUUACGCGACGCAACACGUUCAAUGGAAAGAUCUACGGAGAAGAUGAUACAAUCUUUGCUUGGGAAACUGGUAAUGAGAUGAAUUGGGGACGACAAAACAACACGAUACAUGACCAGCCUGCCCCUGCUGAGGUAUUACCCUUCUCUAAGGUCAUCAACGGCACUAAGCUAAUGGUCCUGCUUUGA